GUCUGUUUACAUUCAACAUAAACCUUAAAUUUGUAUAUAUAGAAUCUAACAACUUAGUAAGUUUACCAAAAGAUCUAUUUGUGUCGAACACGAAUCUGUUAUCAUUGAAUAUGUACACAAACCCAUUCAUAUGCUGCCUCAUAAUUGAUUUUAAAGAAUGGGCAUCAAACCAAACACUGUAUUAUGAAGGAACAUGUACUGAUUCAAAAACCACCAUAGAUAUUCACAAUUUUAACGAGACAACCUGCAUAAUUCCAGGAUGGAGCCCUUGGAUCAACUCCUCAUGUUCUGCAACUUGUGGAGAUGGUGUCAUAAUCAAAACCAGAACAUGUGACAAUCCUCCACCGUCUGACGAUGGACUGAAAUGUGUUGGUUCCGAAAUUGAAACAUCACUUUGCAACUUAAGAAAAUGUCGAGCAUCAUGCCGUCGUUCAAAGAAAAGAUCAGUAGACCAUUUGGACAAUAAAUCAGGAUCAAACAGCCUAAAUUGAAAGCUAUGAACCAAACAAAAGAGACAAAUUUGAUUGAAAAAAAUGGAAACAAAGUGGAUCGAUUUCAUUCUUAUAUAAAACUGAGGGACAAUUUUAACAUGGUUUAAAUUUUAUGAUCAUCAUUGUGGGAAAAUUCAUUCUUUGCUUUCGUUUGAAAAUCUAACUUUCGAUAUCUUAGAUACCAUCUGUGUGGUUAACCUUCUCACGAGUGCGAACGUACUAAUUCUUACUUGUAUAAUGUAAUCUUGAAUUCAGUUAUUAGGUUAGAUGACUUUUAAUUGGACCUAUCAAAGCAUUUCAUCUGUGAUAUGUAUGACAAUAAAUUUGUAAAGAGUGAGAAUAAACGUUUUUUUCAUAUCGUUUGAUGAUAUUUUGUGGGAUAUACAUUAGUUACAUGUUACAUUUUUUUGGUGAUUUUUUGUGGGAAUAUUCAUUGGUAUUAUCAACUUGUAUUUAAAUCAUUAAUAUAUGUGAUUUGUUUCUUAAUAA